AAUAUCCACCAUUUUGUUUCUUCCCAAAUAAAAGAAACGUUGUAAAAACGUUGUUGAAGCGUUGUAAAAACGUUUUGGGUUAAUGUGCAUUUUGAAAUACGAUGACUUCGACGAAAGGGGCCCCCGAACAACAACAAUCGAGUGUUGUAAAACCUCCCGCAAAAUGUUACGGUAAAAUUGUGCUCACUCUCAAAAAUCAGCUUUUACCUGAAGAGAAAUUGCGGAGCACUCCGUCUCAAAACGACGGUUUAGAUAAUGAUACGGAAACGGACUUACGUAUAUACGGGUGCGAAUUAAUACAAACAGCUGGGAUUUUAUUGAAAUUACCUCAAGUAGCAAUGGCAACUGGGCAAGUUUUAUUACAACGUUUCUACUAUUCCAAGAGUCUUGUUCGACAUCCGGUUGAUCAAACCGCGAUGGCAUGUGUUUGUUUAGCUUCGAAAAUAGAAGAGGCUCCACGACGCGUUCGAGACGUUAUUAACGUUUUUAGUCAUAUUAGACAAGUUAAUUCAAAUAAACCAAUUCAACCGGUAAUCUUGGACCAAAACUAUAUCCAAUUAAAAAACCAGGUAAUCAAAGCCGAAAGAAGAGUUUUAAAAGAGUUAGGGUUUUGCGUCCACAUCAAGCACCCUCACAAGAUUAUCGUGAUGUAUCUGCAAGUUCUCGGAUACGAAAAGCACCAAAAUUUAAUGCAGUUUUCUUGGAAUUACAUGAACGAUUCGUUACGAACGGACGCGUUUGUUCGAUACCAACCCGAAUCGAUCGCUUGUGCUUGCAUUUAUUUGACAGCGAGGAAACUGAGAAUACCAUUGCCAAAAAGCCCCAAUUGGUAUUCGCUCUUUGGAGUCUCCGAGAACGAAAUUAGGGAUAUUUGUGUGCGAAUUUUAAAACUUUAUAAUCGCCCGAAGCCAAACAUCGACGAUUUAGAAAAAAAAGUUGACGAGCUCUGCAAAAAAUACCAAGAUGCAAAAAUUAAGGCUCGAGGAAACUCCGGAAAUAACACCCCAAAUAAUAAUAGCCCCCCGAGUCCGGGGGCGCAAAAAAGUACUGGAGCCCACAACGCCUGGGGUGGUUUUAUCAGUCGUUCUGGUAGCCACAUAGCCCCACCAGUCAAUGAGAAACGAGGUAAUUCCCCGAAAUCGCGAUCUCCGAGUCAUUCUCCGAUAAUCAAUAAGCACCAUAAUAAGCGUCCUAAGAAGCACCCGAGAUCGAGGAGUCGAAGUCCCGUUACGAGAAAUAAUAAAAAGCCUAGGAAACAUAGGGAGUACUCAAGAUCGAGGAGUGAAUCUCCGGUGAAAAUUAAUAAAAAACCAUCACGUGAUAAAAAGAGAUCACCAAGCAAUGAUAGAGAAAAUAAAAAUGAUCGGUACAUUGAUCGAUACGAUAAGUAUGAAAAGAAUAAUGAUCGGUACAAAGAGGAGAGAUAUUCAGAGAAAGAUCGGUAUGAAGAAAAAGAUCGUUCGAAAGAUAAGUAUGAGAAGAAAUACGAAAAGGAUGAGAAAUAUAAUAAAGAUGAGAGAUACGCUAGGGAUGAAAGAGAUAUUAGAUACAAGAAGAAAUAUAGAGAUGAGGAAAGGAAUCGGGAUCGAUCAAAAGAUAGACGGAGAUAAAAUGAAUGUUUAAAAAUUAGAAGAAAUAAGGCAAAUUUCUAAUUUCUAGGUGAUCUUUGUGUGUACGUGAGCGUGUAAAUAGAUUCUUUUUUAAGAUUAAGAAGAAAAUAAAGUUCUUAAUAAAGG